AUGCCUGUAAGCCGUUUGGAUGUGAUUUACCGGAAAAUAUUGCUCACGCGGUUUUUCACAAAGGGAUGGGGAUGUCCAGAUAAUUUGUUAAGGUUGUUCGAAUUUAGGAAAAUAAUAUCCAACAGGGAAAAAUGCUAUCAAUUAGUGCCAAAAUACUUCCCCAUAACUAUACUAAAUGAGCAAAAAAGAUCAGAUUGUAGGAUUAUCGAAGGGAAGUUUAGGAGCCCUUUUGCCCUACAUUUACCCAACCUAGUAUCCCUAGAGGUGCAAGACGCCUAUUUUCAAAUGGUUUUGCCCCUUAAGUGGAAAGACAAUAGAUACAAACCAAUCUGUAUACAAUUAGCUGGAACAGGCGAUCAUUACUUUUGGAGACGCCGAAAUAUAAUGGCAAUGCCCUUACUAAAAGAAGGAAUAGGCUCAAUAAUCCUAGAAAAUCCUUACUAUGGCUUAAGAAAACCCAAGGAUCAAAUUCGAUCAAGCUUACACUAUGUAUCAGACAUAUUUAUUAUGGGUGGUUGCCUGAUACUUGAAUGUUUAGUUUUAUUGAACUGGUGUGAAUCGCUUGGGUUUGGUCCCUUGGGAGUAACAGGAAUCUCAAUGGGAGGACAUAUGGCCUCAUUAGCUGCUUCAAACUGGCCUAAGCCCUUAGUGCUUGUACCUUGCUUAUCUUGGUCUACAGCAUCAUCAGUUUUUACAGAGGGGGUAAUGAGCGAAUCCAUUGACUGGGACAUGUUACAAAAUCAGUACAAUAGCGAUGAUAAGUACAAUUGUAUGUUAUCAAAGCUAUGUAAAAUAGUGGACGAUCCAUUUGCUUGUAAUCUUACAAGAAUACCAGAGUUUGCGAUUAAUUUUGAAGAAUUAUAUGAGUUUAAAAAUAGCUACGUUACGCCGUACGAAAUGCUGAAUGUAAUGAAGAGCGGGCAAUGCUCAGAGGUGGCGUAUAAAACUACAAAAACAUUUAAUAGCACAGUAAUAAAUCUUUUGAUCAAAGGUAAAAAAGCGUUGGAGAUGAAAAAGAGAGACAAAGAAGCGUUGUGGUUCAUGCGGGGCAUGAUGGACGAAUGCACUCAUUUAAAGAAUUUUUCUGUGCCUGUAGACACUUCCUUAAUUAUUUCUGUAUGUGCCAACGACGAUGGGUAUGUGCCUCGUACUGGAAUUAGUAGACUUGAAGAUAUCUGGCCAGGGGCUACAGUGAAAUAUGUGGAAUCUGGUCAUGUUGGGGCAUAUAUUUUUCACAGAAAAUUAUUUAGGGACUCAAUCGUAGAGGCUUUUAAUAAAGCCAAAACGAAAACAAACCCCCCUACAGUCACUAACGUAUUAUAA